AGUCUAGCAAGGAGUCAUCAGGCGAAAGCAAAGAGACUGAUCCUAAGUCGAGCUCUAAAAGUACAAAGGCAAGCAAAGAAUCAACGGAUAAGUCUACCAAGGAGUCAUCAGGCACAAGCAAAGAGACUGAUUCUAAAUCAACUUCUAUAAGUACAAAGGCAAGCAAAGAAUCAACGGAUAAGUCUAGCAAGGAAUCAUCAGUCAAAAGCAAAGAGACGGAUCCUAAAUCAAGCUCUAAAAGUAUAGACGCAAGUAAAGAAUCAACAGAUAAGUCUAGUAAGGAGUCUUCAGGCACAGGCAAAGAUAUUGAUUUUAAGUCAAGCUUUAAAAGCACAAAGGCAAGGAAAGAAUCGACGAAUGCGUCUAGUAAGGAG